UGGUAUUUAGAGUAGUAUCAGUAGUAUAGCGUGUAUCAUUUUGGGCCCGUCCAAAAAUGCCGAGUCAAGAAGUCGUGACAACGAAAGUUGUGGUUCACCCAUUGGUGCUGUUGAGCGUGGUGGACCACUUUAAUCGCAUGGGAAAAAUCGGAAAUCAAAAGAGGGUAGUCGGUGUACUCCUAGGCUGCUGGAGGGCGAAGGGGAUCCUGGAUGUAUCAAACAGCUUUGCAGUACCCUUUGAUGAGGAUGAUAAAGACAAAAGUGUAUGGUUCCUUGACCAUGAUUAUCUUGAAAAUAUGUACGGGAUGUUCAAGAAAGUUAAUGCUCGCGAGAAGGUGGUAGGCUGGUACCAUACUGGACCUAAGCUACAUCAAAAUGAUGUUGCCAUUAACGAAUUGAUAAGAAGAUACUGCCCUAAUUCCGUUUUGGUGAUUAUCGAUGCCAAACCAAAGGAUCUUGGACUUCCUACCGAGGCAUAUCAAGCAGUUGAAGAAGUACAUGAUGAUGGUUCUCCUACCUCUAAAACUUUCGAGCACAUUCCAAGUGAGAUUGGAGCUGAAGAAGCAGAAGAGGUUGGAGUAGAACAUUUAUUGCGAGAUAUCAAAGAUACCACCGUUGGUACCCUCAGCCAAAGAAUCACAAAUCAAUUACUUGGUUUGAAAGGUCUUCAUGAACAAAUUCGGGAAAUUAGAGAUUAUCUGCUUCAGGUUGGCAAUGGAAAAUUACCUAUAAAUCAUCAAAUUGUUUAUCAGCUUCAGGAUAUCUUUAAUUUAUUACCAGAUAUGACUCAAAGUAGUUUUGUCGAUUCGUUAUAUGUCAAGACAAAUGAUCAAAUGCUUGUUGUAUAUUUAGCAGCAUUGGUUAGAUCUAUAGUGGCGUUGCACAAUUUAAUUAACAAUAAGCUGACCAAUCGUGACGCUGAGAAAAAAGAAACAGAUGGAAAGAAGGAUACAAAAAAGGAAGAAAAGAAGGAAGAGGAAAAAAGGGAGAGGAAAAGGCGAAAACUAAAAGUCAGUGAUCCGAGCAGUUUUGAGACUGUUAAAGUCCCAUUUGCAAGAUUGAGACUGUUAAAGUUGAGGACAAUUGAUGACUCAGUGUGUAAUAGUCAAGCCUGUUCGCAAUUUGUACAGAAUUAUACCCCAUUUAUAAAUAACAGUUUAAAUAUGUAUUAGAAACAGCAAAUUGAUUCCUGGACUGUUCUGGCAUAAUUCUAUAAAUUUUUAAUAUUAAGCGCAGGAAAAAAUAAAAUGAUAAUUCAAUAAUUCUGUAUUUUAAAUGUAAUGAAGUAGUAAAUAUAACGAAAAAUUUACGGUUAA